AUGGACAUCGGCUUUGCAAUUUUAAUAAUUGGCUUCGCUGCUCUAGUUGCAGCCUUCUUCCUUCUGGUAAUUGGACUUGUGUUCUCGGAGCUGACGAAUUCAGACAUUCCUCGUGGGGUUGCAAAUGGGUGGAAACUGCACGCGGUUCAUGGCUUGUUUGUUGGCAUAGCAAUUGUGGGCCGGAUCCUGCAUCGUCUGGGCAUUUGCAAUCAGGUCGGCUACAUCCGAUGGUUCACGGCCUGGUUUCUGACUCGCUUAAAACCGGUUCCUGCGGGUCUGCGAGUGAAGGACCUGACGUUUUCUGAGGUGCCGGUGCGAGUCUACGAAGCCACCGCUGUUUGCGACGGCUUGAGAAGAGGCCUCGUGUAUUUCCACGGAGGAGGAUGGGUGCUGGGCAGUAUAGAUUCUGUUGAUGAAGUCUGUCGGCACAUCGCCAUGAAGUCUGACACCACAGUCGUCUCUGUUGGGUACCGAUUAGCCCCUGAGCACAGGUACCCCGCCCAGCUGGACGACUGCGAGGCGGCAACGUGUCACUUCCUGUCUGUUGCCGAGGCCGAGUUCAGCGUGGACUCUCGCAGAGUGGCAGUCGGGGGGGACAGCACUGGGGCUAACCUGGCAGCAGCACUGUGCCAAAGGCUGGCGAGGAGAGAGGACGGACAUCUGCCGUCCCCCUGCGCCCAGGUCCUCAUCUACCCGGCCCUGCAGAUGGCAGAUUUCAACCUGCCCUCGUACCAGCAAAAUCACGCAGUGCCCAUAUUGUUUCGUGCCCGGAUGGCUUUCUACUUCCUGCAGUACCUCAGUGGAGACAUGUCCGUGUGCCAAGAUGUGCUGGAGGGCAUCCACGUCCCCACUGAGGUGAGGCCGCGCUACAAGGAGUGGCUCUCCCCGUCCAACUUACCCCCGGAGUGCCUCGCCCGGGGCUUCACCGAGAAACCGACCCCAGACUACGACGGGCAGGUGUAUCACGCCAUCAAAGCCGGUUUGGAGCCCGAGGUCUCACCUCUACUGGCAGACGAUGCCGACAUUGAGAAAUCCCCGCCCACCUUCAUUCUCACCUGUGAGUUCGAUGUCCUGAGGGAUGAAGGGAUUCUUUACAGGAAGCGGCUGCUGGACCUGAAAAGAGACGUCACCUGGCAACACCUCACCGAUGGUUUCCACGGCGUGAUUAACUUUUUCAACCAGGGCUGGUUCAGCUUCCCCUCCGCUCUGCUGGCUGUGGACGGCGUCGUUCACUAUGUGAAAACACUGUGA